GUGUUGGGCCACACUUGUAGUUCGUUGUUUUUCCAUCAGAAAAAACAGUAAAGGAGUGCAAAGAAAAAUAAUAAAAUAAUGUAUUAUUAUUAAUAAACUAUUGAAUAACCAGUGAAAAGUGCAUUAGCUGCAACUAAUUCACAAAAAAAAUCAAAAUGUGUGUACUAAGCAUGUAGCAGCUGUGGCUUUUCACUGAACAAGAAGAAAAUCGGUACAAAAGGAAAACAAAAUACACAGCCAAACACGAAUGUAAAUGUGAAUCGCAGGGCAAAUUUCAUUGCAGCCAGCGGCCCGCAGAGACAACAACGUAGCAGCAGAAGCAGCAGCAGCAGCAACGGCAGCGACAGAGGUUACAGAUAAGCAGUGGCAGCUGCGUGCGCUGAUAACAAUUCAUAGUGAAGACUGAUACUGCACCCAAACCUGAUUCCGAUUUCGACUCCGACACCGACACAGCGAACGCAUAGUCUCCUGCGUAGCGGCAGCGGCAGCGGCCAUCUUUCCGCUUAUCAUUGACCGAGCAUGUCGCACGGCAGCGCCGGCGCGCAAACUGGUGGUGGCGGCGUUGGUGGCGGCAGUGUCGGCGGCGGUGCAGCAGCAGCGGCCGCAGCAGCAGCAGCUGGCUCUGAAUAUCGUGAACUACAUUGGACUGUGUCGAGCGUGAUGGACUCGUCGCGUGUGUCCACCUGCCUAAUAUCGAUGCUGCUAAUUGUCUACGGCAGCUUUCGCAGUCUCAACAUUGAGCAGGAGGCACGGGAGCGCGAGGCGAAGAAACGCAACGAGUCUAUGACGAAUCUGCUAACAGGCGAGCAGGUCGAGAAGGAGCCAAACUCGAAUUUUGAUGUAGCGGACAAGUUCGCCACGCUCGAUACAAUGCAUGCACUGUGCCUGCCACUGGGUGCUUCCAUAUCGCUGCUCAUCAUGUUCUUCUUCUUUGAUUCGAUGCAGUUGCUGUUCGCCGUCUGCACUGCCAUUAUUGCCACUGUGGCGCUGGCCUUCCUGCUGUUGCCCAUGUGCCAAUACAUUAUACGGCCCUGCACCGAUGGCAAGCGCUUCUCCUUUGGGAUCUGUGGACGUUUUACGGCAGCGGAGCUAUUCAGCUUCACGCUCUCAGUCUCCAUUGUGUGCGUUUGGGUGCUAACUGGGCACUGGCUGUUAAUGGAUGCCAUGGGCAUGGGUCUCUGUGUUGCCUUCAUUGCGUUCGUGCGGCUGCCAAGCUUGAAGGUGUCGACGCUGCUGCUGACUGGUCUACUGAUAUACGACGUGUUUUGGGUGUUUCUUUCAUCGUACAUAUUCAGCACAAACGUGAUGGUCAAGGUGGCCACACGACCCGCCGAGAAUCCCGUUGGCAUUGUGGCGCGCAAAUUGAAUUUGGGCGGCAUUGUGCGGGACACACCGAAACUGAAUUUGCCGGGCAAACUGGUUUUCCCCAGCAUACACAAUACAGGACACUUCUCGAUGCUCGGCCUAGGCGACGUUGUUAUGCCCGGACUAUUGCUAUGCUUUGUGCUACGAUAUGAUGCCUAUAAAAAAUCACAGGGCUUCACGUCGGAUCCAACGCUGUCGCCGCCAAAGGGUGUUGGUUCUAAGUUGACAUACUUUCAUUGUUCCUUAUUGGGCUAUUUUUUGGGUCUGCUAACGGCUACGGUUAGCUCGGAGGUGUUCAAGGCCGCACAGCCUGCCUUACUUUAUUUGGUACCCUUCACGUUAUUACCAUUGCUACUAAUGGCUUAUUUGAAGGGUGAUUUACGACGGAUGUGGAGUGAACCGUUUAUUGCGCAUCAACCAUCAAAACAAUUGGAAGUCUGAGUGUAUUCUAUCUUUAAACAGAAUUAAAAACAAAACGAAAAAAGGGAAGAAAGAGAAAAACACAAUACACCUACUAUGAAUUCUCUCUUGAUAAAAUACGUAUUCUUUAAUUAUACGUAUCAAAAUUUUUUAAGUUAGGUAAUUCUAAUUUAGUGAAGUAACAGCAAAACCGAAUAAUAAAUCUAUGUAGUUUUAAUAUAAAUGACAACGACUUCUGAAAGCCCCAAAAAUAUGCAUGUAUGAUUUAAUGUAAAAUGUCAUUUUGCUACACAACGCUACUAUUGAAACAGUUUUAUGCUAAACGUUGUAUUGAUCUUGAUGCAAAUGAAAGAUUCCGAAGCCCUUCUAUAUCAUACAGAAUUAAGCAGAAUUAUUAUUUACAUUAACCUGCAUAUACUGUAGUAUUAGCGUGAUUUUUAUUUUUUUUACCAACUGUUGAGAUUGAACUUUUUUUUGCUUGGUUUAAAAUACAUUUUAAAUAUUUUCAUACACAUGAUAUACGAGAAAGCAAAUUUACGUAAUUCUCAAUUCGAAUCAAUUAUCAAACAGUAUGACAUUUUCUGUAAAUACUUAAUUUUAAUAACCACAAUCACAAAUAAUAGUUAUAAGUGCGCCCGCAUUUGAAAAUCAUUAUUCGUUUAACCUUCCUCAGACACAUUAGUAUAUAAAUUUCCAUGGCCUUUCAAAUUUGCACACGUACAUUUAAACAAUGAAUAUGAUGUUUUGCCAAAAUGCAUGUGUUCGUUUUAAAUAAUAAAUAUUUAAAA